UAUUGUAAGGUUCCAUGUUGUUAUAUUAUUUACAGAGCUCUUUUGCCCAUGUCAAUUUAUACUCUCCCAUUCUUUUAAUAUAAAUCUAUUUGCUUUUUCACUUUCUUUCUCUCUCUCUCCCUCCUGCUGGCAUGCUCUCCUGUCUCAGUGAGUGCUGUCAAUAAUUGAUGAUUUUUGCUGACUCAAAGGCUAACAGGUCUAAAAUCAGAUAUUCACUUUGCUUCAGCUUUUUCUGCAUAUACCAAUAAUUGGCCUGCUACUAUGUGUCUGUAUACAUUGAACACAUACCCUGUUUGUUUAUUUAUACACCAAUGCUAAUGAAUUUCUUAUAUAUCUGUAUACAUCUGCAUACAUCUCUCAUGGAAGUGAAAAGGUUAUUUGCGUCAGUCUCUGGAACAGCGGGAUACAUGGAAGGAAGUAGGGAGAUUAAACGAGAAAAGAGACAGGGGGUAAAGGACAGAGAUUGAAAGGGAAGGAGAUAUUUAGUCAGUAUAUGCAGUGACUGACUGGCUCACUAGACGUCACAGUGUAUCAACACCAGCACAGGCAAAUGGACAAGGACAGAGAGGGCGAGAAGGUGUUUUCCAGAAAAAGAAGCUUCACUUUUGGAGCUUAUGGCGGAGUGGACAAGUUCAUUGGUACAGAAGAGGCACGAUCGGAGUCCAUACAGCACAGCAUAUUAGACAUUCUUGAUCCCCCCCCCAAUGAGACGAAACCUCUCCUUCCCGCUGCUUCUGGCCAGAGGGACACCGAGCUUUUUGAGAUAAUUGAAAAACUUCAGGGAAGUCGGCUUGAUGAGCAGCGCUGUGAAUUCCCUCCUCCCUUGAAGCUUUUAAAAAUUAGUGGGGUCCUCCCUUUGAUCAUUCCCCCUAAAUGUGGAGGCUACUGGAUAGAUCCACCUUUGGAGAAGUUCGCUGCCAUUAGUCCCAGCUUAUGUAAGCCUGGACAAGCUACAGACAGUUACGAUAUCAUGGAGAGAGACCUGGAAGCGAAGAUCUACAGAGAGUGUUUCAGAUCCAAAUAUCAUCACUCAUUCACAGCAGUAGAUACAGCUCUAGGAUCCCUCAUUCUCUCUGUCUGCUUGGAGGAGGAAGAAAAGAGAAUUAGAGUCAUACUGAGAAUGAAAGAAUGCACGCUAUAUGGAGAUUUUGCUGUCUCUCUCUUCCAUCAUUUCCCUAAUGCUGUAGAGCUGGCUAAGAUGCUUUGCAAUAACGUAACUGUGACCCGCUUUGAACUGGUCAGCUACCUCAAGGCCCCAGAACUUAUCACGGCAUUUGACGAGCACAGAGUGUCACAGAACUUCAAGUUUGGUGUUUUAUACCAGAAAGAGGGACAGCUGACAGAGAAAGAUAUACUGAGCAACAAUGAUGAGAGUGAAGAGUUUCAGGACUUUCUUUCCAUUCUGGGGGAGACAGUUAAGCUACAAGGUUUUACCGGGUUUAGAGGAGGUUUGGAUGUGUGUCACGGUCAAACAGGAAGUAAGGCCGUCUACACCUCCUUUUCUGGAAGGGAAAUAAUGUUCCACGUAGCUACAAAACUGCCUUUCACAGAAGGUGACACGCAGCAGCUGCAGAGGAAAAGGCACAUCGGCAAUGAUAUUGUUGCCUUGGUUUACCAAGAAGGUCAAGUCCCAUUCGUUUCUGACAUCAUCAGCUCCCACUUCCUUCACUGCUUCAUUGUUGUUAGGCGAGUUCACAGAGAAGAUGAAGCUAAGGAGGGAGGAAGGGGGCUGUUUCAGGUGUGCGUCACAGCCAGAGAGGACGUGCCCUCGUUUGGCCCGCCCCUCCCAGAUCCCCCCACGUUCACGGAGUCUUCUCAACUGAGAGAAUUUCUCCUUACCAAGCUUAUCAAUGCGGAGAUAUCCUGUUACCAGGCUGAACGAUUCAAUAGACUGGAGCUGCGCACGCGUUCAUCGCUUCUUGAGGGACUCAGAUCAGAACUGAGCGCCCAAUCGCAGUGCAUGCUGGGGGAAUCGCCCCCUCAGGCCCUCUCACAGCCCGAAAGUGGUCGCGCAGGAUCAGAAGGAGGUGGCAGCUUCAUUGAAAACUUCAAGAGAGCCAUAAGGGUACGUAGCCACUCCUUUGACAAUCUGGGGGUCCCAAAGAAGACAGUAGGAGGAGGUGCACAGAAGCCCAGGGCAACUCACAUGAAUUCAUUUUCAACAGAAAAAGAGGGAGAAAGUGAGUCUGCAAACAAGCAGUCAGGAAGCCACGUUCAGGUCAAUGAGAGCCCCGGAUCUAAGGAUGCUAAAGAUCAAAGCAGCCCGCAAGAAGAUGUGUAGCCAGGAAUAUGUGUAGCUCUAUUUUCUUUCAUCUGUCAUCACCCAGAUGGAUUUCGCAUUGAGCUCUACAGUAUGUAUGCCGCAAAAAUACACUAUAACUCACAAAUAAAUCACAAUAUUUAAAGAUUUGAGUUACUCAUUUUUGUGAAGA